AUGUCCGAAGACUGGGAGCAAAGACGCCAUCUCGUGGAAUGUUCCAGAAGCGCAGUUAGUCCGAGUGGGCAGCGGUUAAUGACUAUGUGGGCUUUCUUUGACAGCGUGGCGGCCCGUGCAGGUCCGGAGUCAGGCAGCCGUGCCCCCGGCCCAGCCGUGGUGCAGUCCUGGUACAUGGACGAGUCCGCCGGUGACCCGCGGCAGCCCCACCACGCAGAGCCCGCGCGCCCGGUCCUCCUGGAGCAGCUGCACUGGCUCGGUGUCCUUUACUGGACGCUGGAUGCUGACAAAGAUGAGAAUGAUCCAGAAUUAGAAAAGAUCCGAAAAGAGAGAAACUACUCCUGGAUGGACGUAAUAACCAUAUGCAAAGACAAACUACCAAAUUAUGAAGAAAAGAUGAAGAUGUUUUACGAGGAGCAUUUAUACUUGGAUGACGAGAUUCGGUACAUCCUGGACGGCAGUGGGUACUUCGACGUGAGGGAUAAAGAGGACAGGUGGAUCCGGGUCUUCAUGGAGAAAGGAGACAUGAUCACUCUCCCCACCAGGAUAUACCACCGCUUCACGCUGGAUGAGAAGAACUACGUGAAGGCCAUGCAGCUGCUUGUGGGAGACCCAGCGUGGACGGCGUACAGCUGCCCGGCUGCCCACUUCGAGGCCCGUGGGCAGUAUUGAGUUUCUGGCACAGAUGGCCUAGCGGUGCCCUGGGGCCUCGCGUACCCGAAG